UAGAUCAUUAAAAUCAAAGCCCGGUCCGAGUGACCGGAGCUGCGCCCGCGCUGCCGCCCGCGCGCCGCUGCCGUCAUUCCUCCGCCGCGAGCCGUGAGGGACGCAUGUGUCGCGAUUGCUCUGUCAAAGUUCUUUUCGAAGUUGUGAGUCAAAAGUAACUUCUCAAGAGUGGUAAUCGUUCAUAUUUAUAUUCAUUGAUCCAAAUCUUGUACAGUACACGUAACAGAAUUGUAAAUAAUCGAUAUAUAAGUGAACAUUCUCUCUCCUGGACAAGUGCAUUGAGUAAGUGUAGAGAAGGCUACAUUCCAAACCGGUGUCGUUCUUUAAUGGACGAGGUGUGUACUGCUCAGUGUGUGUUUAGUAGUUAGCUAAGGAAGUGACUGGUUUCGGUGCCACCAGCAUCCGAGAACUUAAUAGACUACUUAGAAGCUACCGUGACCUGAAACCGUGUGAAAAAUUUAACGAUGAUACGAGCUUCGUCCAGAAUGUAAUAAAGUACCAACAAAAACCGGUGCCUAUUUCAAGAGAAAAAUGGCUCGUGGAGCUCUCAGUGAAAAUGAGCGCCAUUGCCUCGAUGCUGGCGCAAAAAGCCAAACGGACAAUUUGCAAGACACGGAAAAAACUUUGAAUGGAGAUUACAAACCUAAUGGCUUACGAGUCCGCUUCCUUGAUGAGGAAGGUAAAACUGAAAGGAUGGUAAACGCCGACGAGGUUGACUUUGCCGUCUCGCGCGUAAAGAAAAUCCACAUUUUGAAAAAUCGCAGCUCUAGCGAAACGAGUAUCAUGCUAAGGAAUCCUUCGCUGAUGAAAAGACGCUCAAGCGCGGAAAGGCGGCUUAGUGAUGGCCAGACGGACAACCUAAACAAUAACAACAACAACAAUAACAUGAGCGAGAACCUAAACGGCAAAAUAUCGGUUUUCAAGAGCAAUGAAUUCGAUGCACAAGAUAAGACUGAGAAAGGAACAGAUCAAACCAAAGAUGUGAACGGGCAGGGCUUUAAGAAGAACUGUAACGUUUACAGUGUGAAUCAGGCAAAGACGCUGACGCCGGAGAAGAAAAAGUCUGUUCCUCUGACAAUGCCGCGGCUCAUUAGCCACAAGACGCAGGAAAAUGGCCAAGCCAAAUCAACAUUGCCAAAUGAAGUGUGUCUGGCUGAUGCCGCCACCGGGAAGGACUUCACGACACGUGCUAUUGGCCGGCUGUCACGCGGUUUGGGGCGCCUGCUACGCCGUACCAAUAGUGUGCGCAUCAGUGAGCCGGAUCCUGUCUACAAGGUGGCUUAUCUCGGCAACGUCCUCACUGGCUGGGCUAAAGGAGAAAGCUGCAUAGAAAAGCCACUGGCGACGUUAUGGCGCAACUACCAGCAGUCCACCAAGCCCGACGUGGUUAUGAAACUGUCCGUCACCAACUCCGGUCUCAAGGGCUUCACCAAGGAGCACGGCCUCACUGAGUACUGGUCGCACCGCAUCACCUAUUGUGCCAGCCCUCCGCACUAUCCCAAGCUGUUCUGUUGGGUUUACCGCCACGAGGGCAAGAAACUAAAACACGAACUUCGUUGCCAUGCCGUCCUCUGCACCAAAGAGUCAAUUUCCAAAAAAAUAACCGCGGAGCUGCAGAUCAAACUGAGGCAGGCAUUAGUUGAAUUCAAAAAGGAUAGAAUCUCUAAACAGAACGCUAGGCUAAGCCUUGCAAACAGCGUAUACGACAACCCUAGCAUGCCACGACGAAAAAUCAUGCUCAGUGUCGGAGCUAUGAACUACCGACCCCCACUUGAGCGCUCCAAAUCCGCUCCUAAGCUCGGAGCUAUCGAGGAGUUGUGCUCGGAAGAAGAUGAAGAAGAAGCAGAGAUGAAAAAGCACAGCGAUUGCAGCUUGUGGACCGACAAUGAUUUUGAAUCACAAACCCUCGACCGCCGGCGACCAGAGUUGAAAUCUCCCCGCAAGUUCUCUUGCCCUGAAGGCAUCAUGGGCAGAAUUCGGUCGAACUCCGAAAGCUCGGUAGGCGCUUCCGACGAGUUGAUAAGUAUCUUGAUCAAGGAAAGCAAAAAUGAUAACGAAACUAGUCACAUUGAGGAAAAGGAAGGAAGGUUAACUUUAGAAUCAAUCGCUGAAUCAAACGAACUGACUGACAAUGACGGCGACCGGAAAAUGCAGCUGAAUCAAAUUCUGGCUCAGAGCAACUUCCUCGUCACGGACAGCGACGAUGGAUCAGUUUCCUCGGGCUGCGAGACCGCCAGCACCGCCACCUCUUCCGAUGCCGAGCCCUGUUCGCUUCCCUCCCACUUCUCACCCGAAGAGAUAGUAAAAGAAAACGAACGAGUCUCGGUUAGCGCAAGGAUACUGAACUUCGAGAGAAAUAUUACUCGAGACAGUAAUAGGAGCUACUCGAACUCAGUUCAUGUCAAGAGUAAUGGAACGGAUUGCCACAAUACUGUGAGUGAUGAGGUUAAUCAUAUCCCAAUUGGCGAAAAGAACAGCUUUCGCCGGCGAUCGACCUACCCUCCAUUGGGAGUCGAUACUAAUAUUUUAGCAAACUAUGACAGCAAAUUUGAAUCUCUAAUUGAUAAUUUGACAGAUGUGGACAGUCUGAAUUCUAGUACCGAGACUGAGGUAUUUAAGAACGGUGGGGAUAACGAUAGCGCUUGCAGCGACGAAUCGGGAUAUUCUGAGUUGUUGGAGCACGGCAAGGAGAGCGUCAUCGGUAGCACUAUCAUGGUAUAAGCACAUUAAUAGUUGUAACCCACUAUCGUCGGAUAGGACGGCCACGACAAUGCACGAUCCUAGCUAAAUUAUUAUUCGUGUAGAUUCUGUAAAUGUUAUUUUUGUAAAUAAAAGAGUACGAAAUGUACUCGAUCCAGUUGAUGUAUUAAGUUUUUAGAUGUCUGUAUAUAUUUUAUUUUAAGUUGUAAAAGUGUCUGUAUUAUGGAAAUUAUGGAGAUUUUAUUUGUAUAGCGGUUAUUUCACGACCAAACGUGGUUUGUCUACAUUUAUUACAUUUUGUAAUAGUUUGUGGGUACUUUAGCGUCGCCUCGACAAGGUCUGUAGGUACUUACACAUUCCAUAUUUAUAGCCUCAUUGUUCGGGU